GGUAAGAUGGCGGAACUGGGGAAGAAGUACUGCGUGUACUGCUUGGCUGAGGUGAGCUCGCUCCGUUUCCGUUGCACCGAGUGCGCCGACAUCGAGCUCUGCCCAGACUGCUUUUCGGCCGGCGCCGAGAUCGGGCCGCACCGCCGAUGGCACGGCUACCAGCUGGUGGACGGCGGCCGCUUCACCCUCUGGGGGGCCGAGGCCGAGGGCGGCUGGAGCAGCCGGGAGGAGCAGCUACUGCUGGACGCGAUCGAGCAGUUCGGCUUCGGCAACUGGGAGGAUAUGGCUGCUCAUGUUGGAGCAUCCCGAACUCCCCAGGAAGUGAUGGAACACUAUGUAAGCAUGUAUAUCCAUGGCAACCUUGGAAAAGCCUGCAUCCCUGACAGUAUACCUAACAGAGUGACAGAUCAUACUUGUCCCAGUGGUGGCCCACUUUCUCCUAGCCUGACCACACCCCUCCCUCCUUUGGACAUAUCAGUGGCGGAACAGCAGCAGUUGGGAUAUAUGCCACUUCGAGAUGACUAUGAGAUUGAGUAUGACCAAGAUGCGGAGACUCUGAUCAGUGGCCUUUCAGUGAAUUAUGAUGAUGAUGAUGUGGAAAUAGAAUUAAAAAGAGCCCACGUUGAUAUGUAUGUAAGAAAACUUAAGGAGAGGCAACGGAGGAAAAACAUUGCACGAGAUUAUAAUCUGGUACCUGCCUUUCUUGGGAAGGAUAAAAAGGAGAAGGAAAAAGCUCCAAAACGGAAGAUCACAAAAGAAGAAAAGGAGUUGAGGCUAAAACUGAGGCCUCUCUAUCAAUUCAUGUCUUGUAAGGAGUUUGAAGACUUCUUUGAAAACAUGCACAAAGAGAGGGUACUUCGAGCAAAGAUUCGAGAACUGCAGCGGUAUCGUCGAAAUGGAAUCACCAAAAUGGAAGAGUCAGCAGAAUAUGAGGCAGCUAGACACAAACGGGAGAAGAGGAAGGAGAAUAAAAAUAUAGCCAAUUCCAAGAGAGGAAAGGAAGAUGGUAAGGAUGGGGAAUUUGCUGCAAUUGAAAAUCUGCCUGGCUUUGAGCUCCUAUCAGACAGAGAAAAGGUGCUCUGUAGCUCUCUAAAUCUGAGUCCGGCACGUUAUGUGACUGUGAAAACUAUAAUUAUUAAAGACCAUCUCCAAAAAAGACAGGGUAUUCCCUCAAAAAGUCGCCUUCCCAGUUAUUUGGACAAGGUACUAAAGAAAAGGAUUUUAAACUUCCUAACAGAAAGUGGUUGGAUAUCUAGGGAUGCUUCAUGAAACUCAUCUGAUUUGAAAGCUGAGUCAAUGUGAACAAAUGGCUCAUCGUGGGCCAAAUGACUCUGUUACUUUCUCUCCCUCCCCAAAGAUAGGAUUUUUUCCUGUAAAACAUGAGUAUUUACAAUCCUCUGUCCAAAAGGAUGCUCUCACAUUGGAUCAUGGAAAAUACCAAACUGUAAUUACUUGUGUGAUCAUAAGGUUAAGUACUUUAAGAUAAAGGAUUUGCCGUGAAAUAUUCAUUGCAGAAUGAGAUGGAUCAGAUUUCAUCUCUUUUGGAAUAUUAUUGGAAUGGAUAUGUUCUUAUUUUGAUUUAUUCAAAUCCAGUAGCCCAAGGCUAGUUGUUACACACUCUGCUGUUGGACAGAAGGGUUAUUAGUGCAACACAUGCUUGUUUUGGGGUGGGAGAUGGAAGCAUUCAUUUGGUGGAGCCUGUCUUGUAUCUCUCUCUCUCUUCAUGGUGCUGGUAGCCAAAUUAAACUUACAAAAAUUCUGAGCUUUGAAGUACAGAACACUUGAAGUGAGCAUUUUUGUGAAUAGUGCUUAGCUUCCAGCACUCUUUACUCAGUAACAAGGACCUGUAUUGUGGUAGAGUGAUGUGAGAACAUAUAGAAAAUGCAAGAGGAGGUGAGUCAACAGGAUGAGACAGGGACAUGGAAUAUGGUGGUUAAGUUGCUUCCAGUCACUUCCCUCAUGGAGCAGAUUCUUAAAAACUUAUUUUCACACUGAAUUGCCUCUUAGGCAGAUUACUCCAGGGUCUGUGCUGGCAUAGACCCUGUAAGAAACUUCUGUUGCAGACAGAUAAUUCAGUAGCAACAAAGUUCCCUGCCCCUAGUCUGGGCCUGGGGGCUUAAAUGGUCCAGCGAAAUGUAAUGUUCUUCUGAUUCUGGUCAGUUGUUAAUGUACAUUUUCAUCUAAUACUGAUGUACAAACCACUGACAUAAAAACAUGGGAGCUACUUCAGACUUGCAGCUAAAGUCCCCUGCUCAUUUAAAAAAUAUAUGAAACUAAAUCAAGCCAUUACAUGUUGCUUAUUGCACAUAUUUUGCUUAAAAUACGUUUUGUGACAAAUUCAUUGCAAAUGGCAGCAAAAAUCUUAAUUUGCUUCUUGGUCUAAUUCAGUACAAAUAAUGUGAUAUUCUACUGAAAAUGUGACAUACCAACCUCGUAGGUAGCUUUUGGGGGGGAAAGGUGUGGGGGGUGGUUGGUUUGGUGGGUUUUUUUUUUUUUUAAAUUAUUGUUAAAGGGCUACAGUCCAAGUUUGGUGCUUGCAACUAGCACAAGUUUCUCUAACUCGAGCAUACAAAAAGAAGUAUUUGAUCCAUAAAAUGUUAAUCCUAUAUAUCAAGAUUUUUAAUUGAAGCAGGGAGAGAAUCUGAAGAACUAAAGCAGAAUUUUUAUGGUUACAAGUACCUUACCUGAAUGUAUCAAAUAAAAAAAAAAAUUGGUUAUAGUUGAUAUUCUUGUAAAAUGCAGGGAACUGUGUGCUAUGUAGGGUUUUCUGGGUUUUAUGUUUAAUUCCUUGAUCCCUGUGUUCGUGCUGGCUUUCCUUCCUUAGUGCCCCUGUUUGGAAAGGUCUCUAACAGUAAGCUAACUUGAUACGUUUGGAAUGCAGGCACUCUGAAAACUGGGAUUUGAAGAUUUAUUUAUGAUAACUAGAAAAAAAAAUUGAGCAUUCAGAAUGUCUCAACACUUGUUUUGAUAUUUCAUGCAAUGGACAGAGAAGUAAUCACCAAACCAUGUAAUAUUCUUUCAAGCUGCAGAGUGAAUUCUGAGUGUUCUUAAUUGUCAGUGUAUCCAGCAUUACCAAAACAGUGUUAACAGUGAGUCCUACAAAGAAAAAAAUAUUGGUACAAAAGCCAGCAUUUCCAGGGGAAUCUAUGGUGCCUUUUUCUUUGGAGCUUGGUAUUUUAAGUCUCUUCAGAAAGGCAAGGACUGCGUCCCCAGCUGUGUAAUGCUUUGUCAUAACUGUAAAUGGCUUGUUGUAAAAUACUUAAGACAGAACUGUCAGUCCCACUUUUUUGUUUGCAGUAUGUGACUGCAGUGUGCUCAACAGCUAUGAGAACCACCUCCACUUGCUGUGUGUAUCCUUUUGUGCAUGCACAAGUUCAGAUACUACGAACUGUGAUAAGUUUCCAUGCCCUACUUACAUGGAAAGGAGAAAGAGAUGUUCUCAAGCUGUCUGUUUUCAAGCAUGGUACUGGAUUAGAUGGUUGGUUCUUCUUUUCAAUUUGUAAACUCUUCUUAUCUGGGUGCCAUACCAUCACCAUACAUUCAGUAUUCUGGAAACUCAGCUGCAUAAGUAACUUUUUCAUUUAGUAGGUUUUUUAAAUCUACAUCACUUUUAUACUUCUAAGGUGCUCUGGCACAACUCUUAGUGGGUUUAAUUGAAGCAAUAUUCUGAAGCCCAUCUGAUGGAUAACUAAAAGAAUCAGACUUCUAGGCACUCAUAUGAUUAACUAAACAUUGUAUAAAUCAGUUCUUCUGCAUUUAAACUUUUUGUAGUUUCUGAAUUCCUCAGCCCUUCCAAAAAUGUUCCUUUGGUGCUAGACAUAACUUAUUGAAGAUCUGAAUGAAUGUAAAAUAAAGUAUUUUUAAUGUAUGGAAAUCAUGGAUAUCAGUACUUUAUUUCAAUCCUGGAAGCAGAUUCAAUGAUGCAAGAGUGUUUAUUAGCUUUGAAUGCUAAUCUGUUGGAAAGGGCUUCCCUGGAAGUAAGGUCUCAUUGUCAACUAUCCUUUUAUUUAAAGAUGUCUUGGGCUAGAGCAGGGGUGGCCAACCUGUGGCUCCGGAGGCACAUGCAGCUCUUCAGAAGUUAUGCAGCUCCUUGACUCUGGGGAUGGAGCUACAGGUGCCGCUUUCCAAUGUGCUGAGGGGUGCUCACUGCUCAACCCCUGGCUCUGCCACAGGCCCUCUCCCACUCUGU